AUGGAAUUCACAACCAGGGAAAAUUCGGAUGACUAUUACAAAUCAAAAUAUUGUCUAACGAAUCCUUUGAACAACGUGCCAUGGGCGAGAGAAAACGCGGGAAAAAACGAUGAUGAAGAAAAUGGCAACAAACAAGACAAACAACCGGAAACGAAUCGUUUCGAUGAACCGACGGAACCGGAUUUGACAACUUGGGCCGCGUUGUUUUUGGAAAAUAAUCCGUCAGAAAAACUCAUCUACCAACCUAAAAAUGAAUCAAUCAUCCGCGCACAUUCCGCGUUCGAAGUUCGUUAA